AUGGCAGUUGCUGGAGGUGGAGGCUCAGGAGUUGCUGGAAGUGUUGGUAGUGGAGUUGGUGCAGGUGGAGGUGGAAGUGCAAGUGGCGAUGGAGCUAAAAGAGGUCAUGGUGGCAAAAUUGGUGGAGGUGAGGGUGCAGGUGGUGGUGUAGGAGUUGGGGGAGGUGUUGGUGGUGGAAUUGGAGUAGGUAGUGGUGGCGGAGUUAGUGGAGGUGCAGGUGGUGGUAUUGGAGCUGGGGGAGAUAUUGGUGGCACAGGUGGAGGUGUAGGAGCUGGGGGAGGUGUUGGUGGUGGAGUUAGAGGAGGCUGUGGUGGCAGAGUUAGUAGAAAUGGAGGCAUAGGAGCUGAGGGAGGUGUUGGUAAUGGAGUUGGUGCAGGUGGAGGUGGAAGUGCAAGUGGUGAUGGGGCUAGAGGAGGCCAUGGUUGCGAAAUUGGUGGAAGUGAGGGUGCAGGUGGUGGUGUAGGAGUUGGGGGAGGUGUUGGUGGUGGAGUUGAAGGAGGUAGUGGUGGCAGAGUUGGUGGAGGAGGUGUUGGUGGUGGAGUUGAAGGAGGUAGUGGUGGCAGAGUUGGUGGAGGUGCAGGUGGUGGUAUAGGAGCUGGGGGCGGCAUUGGUGGUACAAGUGGAGGUAUAGGUGGAGGUGUAGGAGCUGCAGGAGGUGUUGGCGGUGGAGUUGGAGGAGGCCAUGGUGGCAGAGUUGGUGGAGGUGGAGGUGCAGGAGUUAGAGGAGAUGUUGGUAGUGAAGUUGGUGCAGGUGGAGGUGGAAGUGCAAGUGGCGGUAGAGCUGAAGGAGGUUGUGGUGGUGGAAUUGGUGGAAGUGCAAGUGCAGGUGGUGGUGUAGGAGUUGGGGGAGGUGUUGGUGGUGGAGUUGGAGGAGAUAGUGGUGGCGGAGUUGGUGGAGGUGCAGGUGGUGGUAUAGGAGCUGGGGGAGGUAUUGGUGGUAUAGGUGGAGGUACAGGUGCAGGUGGAGGAGUUGGUGGAGGAGUUGGUGGUGGAGUUGGAGGAGAUGGAUGUGCCAAUAGUAGUGUACGAGUUGGAGGUGGCCUUGCUGGUAGAAGUGUCAAUGGUGGCAUAAGAACCAGUAGCAAUUUUGGUGAUGGAGUUAUAGGAGGUGGCGGUGGUGGAGGAAAUCCCGAUGGUAGUGGAGGUAGCAAAAGUUGUGGCAUGGGUGGGAUUUCUAACCAUUGUUUGGGCGGUAAUAAAAAAGAUGUUCAUAUUUAA